AUGGCCCUGUUUGUGAGGGCAGGGGACUCCUGGAGGGAAACUACUCAGUCUUCAAGGUUUCAAGUUGAGGCUACUCCAGAUGCUAGCAAUGCCUCUCGUAAAUGCUCCAGACUACUUGUCUGGCCACUGGCAUUGUUGUUUAACUGUGCACGCUGCAAGCUGGAUGUUACAAGCUGUAUUGCCAAAGCUAUGCUCUCAAAAUGGGUAGGAGCAAAGCAGCAUGAGUUGCAGGUAAACUCUAUGCAGUUGCUGUACUAUCAGGCACCAAUGUCCUCAGCUAUGUUGCUGUUCAUCAUACCCUUCUUUGAGCCAGUCUUUGGAGAAGGAGGAAUAUUUGGGCCCUGGACGCUUUCUGCUGUGAUAAUGGUACUACUGUCUGGAAUAAUAGCCUUUAUGGUAAACUUGUCCAUUUACUGGAUCAUUGGAAAUACGUCACCUGUCACGUAUAACAUGUUCGGACAUUUCAAGUUCUGCAUCACCCUCCUGGGAGGGUGCCUCUUGUUUAAGGAUCCACUGUCUGUUAAUCAAGGCCUUGGGAUUCUGUGCACGUUGCUGGGCAUUUUGGCUUACACCCACUUCAAGCUUAGCGAGCAGGAGAGCAAUAAGAGUAAAUUGGUUCAGCGUCCGUAAAGCAAAGGGUUCUGGAGGUUAGUAAUAUUGUGAAGGAAAACACGUAUUUAAAAAUGCAUUGAUUCUAGAAUGCACGAAAUUGCCUCGUUUAUUUAGAUCUGUGGGUUUAGUUUAACCGCCAGGAUCGUUAUUCUGUAACUAAACCGAACGAACUGAAUUAUGUAAAAUGCUGGGGUUUGCCAUCGCAAUCUGUCCUAUCAUUUUCAUUAAAUUUAAAUGGUAAC